AUGAACACAACGAUUGGAUUGUACCUUUGUCUGGCUUUCUGUAGCCUCCUGCUUCUUAACUUUUCCACACAGUGUCUGGCCUUCCCCAGAAUGGAAAGGAGGGAGAUAGCACAUCUGCAUGGGGAAAAAAGGCAGUCUGAGAGCAUGAACAAAGAAGAUCUAGACAACAGCUCCCAAACUACAAAACAGAUGCUCCAGCUGAUGGUCUCUGAAGAGCCAGUGGUAGUGUCAGAAGGGCCCUUAGUAACGUUGUUAGCCAGCUUGUCCCCUAUUAAUGAAGGUGCCCGUCCUGUAGAAGCAAAGGCCACACAGCCAAGUGGACCUGCUGUUCAUACUCCUACGGAGCCAAUGGUCACUACAGGUGAGGCAUCACGUGGCUCCAGUCAGCCUGAGAGAACAUCUUCUGAAACCACACUUUCUAAAGCUGUGUUAGCUGUCACUGUCACUGCUGUGGCUUCUCUGAAUACUGAUGCCAAGGGCAUUCUGCCCAUUGAAGAAGUGGCCCCAGAAGCAACACAAAGCUUUCUGAAAUAUUUGGAUGGUCAACUACUUGCACCUGAAAAUCAGGAAGAAGUUAGUCUGGGAUACUCAUCUUCAUCCUCUGAAAAUACUACAGAAAUCCUAACCCCUAAUCUGAGGAUUGAGGACGUUAGAGUGGCUACAGACCACAGGACAACGUUUCUUCCUGGUAUGGAGCCCACUGCAGGCACUGGAUCUGAAAGUCUCACUCCGGACAGAUCGAGAACUCCUCAGAUAACAGCUGAUAAGACCCAGACUUCUGCCACCAAGCAUUGGCUUGUAACUUCCGAGGAUGUUCUGAGUGUUGGAUCAGAAACUGACAGCCUGCCUGGAACCCCAGAAGUCACAGCCACUGUCAACACAGCUAUUCCAACCACUUCUGUCUUAAGUGAUGAGUGGGAUGACACUAAAUUAGACAGGAUAAGCCAGAUACGGACCCUGAAUUUUGGAGAUAGCACAGAGGCUCAGGAGAAACUGAAAACAUCUCAAGUCACCCAUGAUGGUGUGGAAGGGACCGAGCCAUCAACAGGGGCUGCAGAUAGGGCUCCAGGGCUGCCUGAAGGGGAAACCCACACAGGCACAGCUCGUCUGAUAGCACAUGAGGAUGAGAGAUCAGCUAUCCUCACUGAUCAGAGUUCCCUUACUCCCACAAGUCCCAUGGAAGAGGCGAGUGUUCCAGCUGUAAGCCUGUUCCAGAAUACAGCAGACUUCACAGAACCCACUCCAGAAAAUGAUGCCAUAUUUUCCUCAGAGACUGUUGUUUCUACAUUAGGAUAUGAGUUGGAUACACGUCAGCCAUUGGGAAACACAUUUAAAGACAUCAUGACUCAAGAGAUGACCACAGCUGUUCAAGAAACAGAUGCUACUUUACCACUGGUGACACAAGAACAGGUUUCUACACUUGAGGCUGCCAGAGCAGCUGGUGAGACCACAGAAGGAGAAGAGUCUCCCUCACCCAUAUCUGAUGCUCCUGGUGCCACCCAGCAGUCAAGACGAUCGGAACCUGUGGACUCUGUGGUUUCAAUCACAGAUGUACCUUUAUCCUUCAAAGUUGCUACUACUGUGGAAGAACUAAUGAACACAGUGACAGAACCAAGUGAGGAGUUGUUCACUUCAAUUUUGGGCUCUCCAGUGUCCUCCCCUGGAAUAACGGAGGAGGUGACCAGUGUUCCAGUGGUACUUCCUGCCUCUGAUACCUCCUCUGAGAGAAGAACUGUUGUUCCAUCCAUAAAUCGAGUUAAUACAAUGGCUACAUAUGGCCUGGAUCAACUUGAAUCUGAAGAAGGAGAAGAAGAUGAGGAUGAGGAUGAGGAAGAUGAAGAAGAGGAAGACGAGGAGGAAGAUGAGGAAGAUAAAGAUGCCGAUUCCAUGGAUGAGCGCUUGGACAGUGACGCUGAGCUGCCUGGGUUUACUCUCCCUGGCAUCACAUCUCAGGAGCCUGGCUUAGAGCAGGGGCACAUGGGCCCGUUGGAGAGAGUCACCUACCAGGUGCCAAAUGCCAUUGAGUGGGAACAGCAGAAUCAAGGCCUGGUGAGAAGUUGGAUGGAAAAACUCAAAGACAAGGCUAGCUACAUGUCUGGGAUGCUGGUACCUGUAGGAGUUGGGAUAGCUGGAGCCUUGUUCAUCUUGGGAGCCCUCUACAGCAUCAAGGUUAUGAAUCGCCGACGGAGAAAUGGCUUCAAAAGGCAUAAAAGAAAGCAGAGAGAAUUCAACGGCAUGCAAGAUCGAGUAAUGCUGUUAGCCGACAGCUCUGAAGAUGAAUUUUGA